AUGAAUUUAAUCAAAAUUAAUAUUAACAAAGAAAAGAAUGAGAUCAGCAUAUACAACAACGGCAAAGGCAUUCCAGUAGUGCUGCACAAGGUGGAGCAAGUUUAUGUGCCCGAACUCAUCUUCGGUACACUUCUCACAUCCUCGAACUACGAUGAUUCCGAGCGAAAAGUUACAGGUGGCCGUAAUGGAUAUGGUGCCAAGCUGUGCAAUAUAUUUAGCUCGGAAUUUACCGUCGAAACAUCCUCUAAGGAAUACGGCAAAUCAUUCAAACAGACAUGGAAAGACAACAUGACAAAAGACAAGGAUCCAUCUGUAACCAAAGCAUCUGGCGAAGAUUUCACGCGAGUCAUCUUCAAACCGGAUCUGGCGAAAUUUAGAAUGAGCGAACUGGACGACGAUAUCGUGGCACUGAUGUCACGCCGAGCAUACGACGUAGCUGGCUCCACAAAAGGCGUCAAAGUGUAUCUGAACGGCAAAUUGCUCCCGGUACAAGGUUUCCGUCAAUACGUGGAUCAAUAUGCGAAGCACAAUCUGGACAGUGAUGGCGAACCCUAUAAGGUAGCCUUUGAGCAAGUGAACGAGCGAUGGGAAGUGGCUAUGACUGUUUCGGAGAAAGGCUUUCAGCAAGUUUCAUUCGCCAAUUCUAUUGCAACCACGAAGGGUGGCCGUCACGUAGACUACGUGACUGAGCAAAUUACUGGAAAGCUAAUUGAUCUUAUCAAGAAGAAAGUGGGCAAAAGUGGUGGAAUUAAUGUGAAGCCAUUUCAG